CACCCUCCCCUGAUGCACGCGAGAUUCAGAACUCCUCCGGCUCCCACCAAGCAUUUCCCCGAAUCUUGAGCAGUCCCUGGUCAAGAUUGUGCCACAUUAUAUAUCACAGAGUUAAUAAAUGUUGAGAUGCAAAAUGUAACAAAAGAGGACAUUGUUUUUUUUUUAAUGCUGCAACUGAGAAGCGUCCUGGCUUGUUCCUUGCCUCUGCUUGCAAACCUCACCUUCAUCGCUCUGCCUGGAGUUUUUAGGAUUCUUUGGACCCAAAAUUAGCUGUUUGGGAACCAUGGACUUGAACGUGUGGCACAUCCUAUGGGUCCUGAUUCACGGCCCGUGGAUGCCCUCCCGUGCCUUCAAUCUCGACACCAAGAGGCCGACGGUUUUCCGUGGGCCCGAGGAAGCGCAGUUUGGCUUCAGUGUCCAACAGCACUACGCCUCUGGCAAAAACUGGCUGCUCGUGGGGGCACCAUGGAAAGGCUCCGCGGGCACGCGGCCGGGCGACGUGUACAGAUGCCCCUUGGGACUCGGGUCGGAGGUCACCAACUCCAGCUGCGAGAAGCUGGGCUUGGAGAAGGUGGUGUCCGUGCCAUCUGUCACGGAGGUGAAGGAAAACAUGAACCUGGGAAUGAAUCUCGCGCCGGGGCCAGAUCCAGGGAGCUUCACCGUGUGCGCUCCGCUCUGGGCCCAGGAGUGCGGCAGCUCCUAUUUUGCCCCCGGAAUCUGCAGCAAUGUCGACUCCGGCUUCAACGUCUCCGAGUCGUAUGCGCCCACGCUUCAAAAAUGCGGCUCCUACAUGGACAUUGUCUUCGUGCUGGACGGCUCCAACAGCAUCUACCCAUGGUCCGAUGUACAAAACUUCCUGGUCAAGACUCUGCAGUCGUUCCACAUUGGGCCUGAUCAGACACAGGUGGGCAUCGUGCAGUACGGGGAGGUGGCGACCCACGAGUUCGACCUGGGCGACUUCCGCUCGACCGAGGAAGCGGUGGACGCGGCACGGCGCGUGCGGCAGCUGCGCGGGAACGAGACGCACACGGCGAAGGGCGUCUUCACGGCGCGGUCGGAGGCGUUCUCUCCGGAGCGGGGUGCACGUCCCGACGCCCAGAAGGUGAUGAUCGUGGUGACGGACGGCGAGUCGCACGACAAAUACUUGCUGCCCGAGGUCAUCGAUCAGUGCGAGAGGGACGGCAUCACGCGAUACGCCAUCGCCGUGCUACGCUCGUACAGCUCCAAUGCGGAUGACGUGGCUCGGCUGAUUAACGAGGUGCGUUCCAUCGCCAGCCACCCCGUGGAGAGGCACUUCUUCAACGUGACGAGCGAGGCCACCCUCAUCGACAUCGUCGGCACACUCGGGGAACGCAUCUUCAGCCUCGAGGGCACAAGGGAAAAGAACGAGACUUCGUUUGACCUGGAAUUGUCUCAGGCUGGAUUCUCCGCUCACUAUGUCGGGGGCGCCCUGAUGCUGGGAGCGGUGGGCGCGUACGAGUGGAUGGGAACCAUCGUGCGGCGCGUGGGAGACGAGGUGUCCCUGCCGGGGAAGCACGCCUUCGAGUCGGCGCUGCCCUCUGAGCUGCGAAGCCACGCCGCCUACCUUGGCUACUCGCUGACGUCGGCGAGGACGGAGAACGGCUCCACGAUCCUGGUGGCCGGGGCACCGCGCUUCAACCACACGGGCCGAACUGUCGUCUUCACGCAGGACCACAACUCUAAAGUCAGCGUGCUCAAGACGCUCUCCGGGGAGCAGAUCGGCUCGUACUUUGGCGGGGAGGUGUGCGCCAUGGACGUGGACGGGGACUCGGUGUCGGACGUGCUGCUCGUGGCCGCCCCCAUGUUCAUGGACUCGUCAAGCAGAGAGACGGGCCGCGUCUACCUCUACACGUUCAGCCCCCAGGGUGUGCUGGAGUGGAGCGCUCACCUCUCGCCGGCCGAGAGCCAGGACUCGCGCUUCGGCUCGGCUCUGGCCGCCGUCCCCGACCUCAACCAGGACGGCUGGGGGGAGCUGGCGGUGGGGGCUCCGCUUGAGGACGAGCGCCAGGGCGCCGUCUACCUGUUCCAGGGCCACGGCCGCUCCCUGCGCACCACCCACGUGCAGCGAGUCGCGGCGAGCCAGCUCGGGCACGGGCUGCUCCUCUUCGGGCGCUCGCUACACGCGCAGCUGGACGUGGACGGCAACGAGAUCGCCGACGUGGCGGUGGGCUCGCUGGGCGCCGCCGUCGUGAUAUGGUCGCGCGGGAUCGUGGAGGUGGAGGUGGCGACGCACUUUGACCCGGGUGAGAUCGACAUCUGGAGCUUCACGUGCGAGGCGCGCGGGCGUAGCACCUUCUGCGUGGAGUCCUCGGUGUGCCUCACUGCACGCACCAGUGCUCCCAAGCCGGAGGCCCAGCACGUCGCCGUCGUGUACAACGUGACCAUCGACGCCAGCAGGCUGGCCCCGCGGGCGCUCUUUGAGAAGCACGACGAGCGCAGGCUGCUGCGGGAGGCGAUCCUCCCCUACAACGUGGAGACGUGCUCUCGUUUUAAAAUCUACAUGCUCGAAGCAUCGGACUAUGUGAAACCGCUGGGAGUCCGCGUGGAUUUCCGCAUGGCUGAUCCAGAUUCCGGACCAGUCCUAAACCUGCUCAAGCCCAAACACGUUGAAUACAUGAUCCCGUUCAAGAAGGACUGCGGAGAUGAUGACCAGUGCAUCACAGACCUGGUGCUGAGCGUUAACACUGAUGCCAGCGGAUCAACGAGCGCUCCGUUCCUCAUCAGCAGCACCAUGCACCGCGUGCUCCUCAACGUGACGCUGCACAACAAGCUGGAGAACGCCUACAACACGCGACUCAACGUGUCGCUCUCCCCAAACCUGCACUUCAGCAACGUCAUGGACCAGGCUGAGAAGGCGGUGAAGAUUAAUUGCCACUCGUUGGCGCACGCGACGGGCCGAGUGUGCGAGGCGGGGUACCCGGUGUUCAAGUCCAACACCAAGAUCAGCCGCCUGUUUGAAUUCAAGCUCAGCGAAACGACGCUUUUGAACCACAUUGAUUUUCAGAUGGAAGCCAUGAGCGACAGCGACGAGCUCCCGGACACAAUGCACGACAACGCCUUCCAUCUGUCGCUGCCCGUGCGCUAUCAAGCCGACACCAUCUUACUCAGGCAGACCAACAUCGAAUACAUUGAAAUCCUUAAAGAUGUCCGGCCUCCCAACAUCAUCAAGUCCUUCAAUGACAUUGGGACGAUUUUCAAAUUCACCAUCACAAUAGAGAACACGGGGCCGUAUCUUUUAGAGCACCUUCAGGUGAACGUCUCCAUUCCAGCAUUCUCGCAGAAAGGAAAUCCGCUGCUCUACAUCACGCACGUGGACACCUUCCCGCCGCACAAAGUCCGCUGCCACACUGGAAACAUCGUCGACCCGUUCACCGUGGCUCAGAGCCAGCCACGUGCUGUGUUCCUGGCCGAGGACUUCAUGGCUGUGAGAGAACUGAAUUGCAAGACGGCCAAAUGUGCCACGUUUCUCUGCACAAUAAAACGGAUGGACAAGCAUCAGACGCUGGGGGUCAAGGUGACGACGAGGCUGUGGAAUUCCACAUUUCACACGGGAAAGCUGAGUCACGUGAGGAUCGUGGCGCCCACAACGCUGCACCUUCUCAACUCUUCGCUCAUGGUCAUCAAGGAAGGACACGGCACGACGAACGUUACCGUGGAGGUCAUAAAGCGAGGGAAGUACGUGUUUCCGUUUUGGAUAAUAUUAGCGAGUGUCUUGGGAGGGCUGCUGCUGCUGGCGCUCAUCAUUCUGGCCCUGUGGAAGGUAACCUCGGCACACAUCGACAAUGCAUCGCCGAAAUUUGUGUGGAUCCCCCACCGAGGCUCAUUGCAAGGCUCGAGCAGAAACGUGUUAAUACACGUGCACCAAUUUAACAACAGUUCUGCAUUCACGGAAUCAUGUUGGCUUUGCAGAUUACUUUCAUCAUUCACAUUGUGUGAGAAACUAAUCGUGAGUGUAUGCUUUAUUCAUCACCUCUCCUGCAAUGCGUGUACAGGCUCGGAAUGUAUUAGAUAUUGUUGCUUUAUGGUAUGUCAGCUGAGAGAUGAUCCUGUGCUGGUUCACUUGAGUCACUGUUGUUCAGUCCUUUCCUUAUCAUUCUUAUAUUGCUACCAGUCAGUUCCCAUUAACUUCACCAUUUUAAAUAUCUUCCGUUGUUAAUGACUGAUUAUAAUCUGAUGUGAUUAUUAGUAUUCUAGAUUUGAAGUUUUCGUGACCGCAAGGAUCCAUGCUCUUUGGUUCUUUCAGUAAAGUCACGUAGGUGAAAAUAUAAAAUAAAUUUAUUUAGAAUAAAUAAAUAUUUCAUAUUUUAUUUUUUCACCUAGGUGACUUUUCAGAGUUUUAUUAGCAUUCUUAGUUGUGGUCCACUUUGCGUUACUGCAUAUGUCUCUUUGGGCCUGUGCUCAGCAAUCGUGAUACGAGAUAGUUAAAUAAUGCCCAUCAACAGCCUCGUACGCAUUUAAUAAUAGUUUAGUACAUUUGGUAUCCAUACCAUUCUUAUAAUGCAAGCCUAUCAGGAAGGCCCUGCGAUUCCCCACUGGGUUCCCAGGCACAAGCACGGCCACAUUCUGCGCUGGUGCUAGUGUAUCAUCGGGCUGAUGGGGGACUCCAGCAGUUGCGUCAGGGGCGGUCACGAGUGGUGCGCGAUGUCAUCUGCCACACUUAAUGAGCUUGUGCUUUGCGUCGCUUGCAGCUGGGCUUCCUCAAGCGAAAGCAGCCGAUGCAGCAGCUCCAGAAGGCAGAGGUGAUUCAUCCCACAUAGCUGCGGAGCAAAGGAUGGUGCUCUCACUCCCUCUCAAUUGGUCUUUGUCUCACGUACGUUUUCGUUAGUAGCUGUACACUCGUACCUAGCUCAAGGUCCAGUUGUGUGCACAUCCUUUACAACUUUAAGGGUCAAGGUAGUGGGCGUUAACGUUUGUUUCAGAUUGGUUGCGCUUUUUAUAGUACAACCAGUUCACGGUGGUGGAAAAUAUAAAGGGUCAUUCUCUAGUCCUUACGCUCAAAAUUUUACCUUUUUAAAAAUGUGUUAUCUACAAUGGUCCACGUGGGAAACCCAAGGGCACCCCACUCCAUAUGCUGUCCGUCGAAAGGUUUUCCUUCAAGUCCCAAAUGUCUCCGAUAUGACCUCUCCCAUCUGUAAAGAGAACAUUACAUGGUCUGUUACCCUUGUGCAUUAUGAAAGGGUGCAUCAUGGGAGUUGGGGGAUUGUAUUUUUUUAAAGUUAUAUUUAUUACUGCUUUCCGCCCCCCCAAUGGUUUUCCCCUUUAAAA